UACUUCCUCUACUCAGCUCCGCCCGGCCGACGUCUGACAACCAGAGACGAGAGAGAGCGCCCGAGAGAGACAGACCCGCUGCUUUUCUCCGGCGCAGACCCUGCUUCUCAGCGCGGAGAAGACGGCUAUGAUCGGUCACUGAGGGAGUCACCGGUCGGAGGUCAGCUGGUUGUCAUGCAGAGCGUCAAGUGUGUCGUCGUGGGCGACGGAGCGGUUGGGAAGACGUGUCUCCUCAUCUCGUACACCACAGGAGCCUUUCCCAAAGAGUACAUCCCCACAGUGUUCGACAACUACAGCAGCCAGGUGACGAUGGAUGGCCGGACCAUCAGCCUGAACCUGUGGGACACGGCCGGUCAGGAGGAGUACGACCGUCUGCGGACCCUCUCCUACCCCCAGACCCACGUCUUCAUCAUCUGCUUCUCCAUCUCCAGCCCCGCCUCCUACGAGAACAUCAAACACAAGUGGCACCCAGAGGUGUCCCACCACUGUCCUGGCGUCCCGGUUCUCCUAGUGGGCACCAAGAGCGAUCUCCGGAACGACACGGAGACCCUGCGGAAGCUGAAGGAGCAGAACCAGACGCCCGUCACCCAGCAGCAGGGCGCGGCGCUGGCCAAGCAGAUCCACGCCGUGCGCUACCUGGAGUGCUCGGCGCUGAACCAGGACGGCAUCAAGGAGGUGUUCGUGGACGCCGUGCGGGCCUUCCUCAACCCCCAGCCCACCGUCGCCAAGAGGCCCUGCGUUCUGCUCUGAGGCCCGGGGCGGACUCGCUCACACGGAGCCGUCCCCGCAGACGCCGUGUACCGUCAGAACCCCGCCCCGUCGCCACCCUAUGCCCCUCUAACGAACUCUGGCUGAACCACCGACCCAACCUGAUCGGGACAGUCAGAUAUAGAUAUAUAUAUAUAUACAUAUACAUUUAUUAUUAGUUUGUUUUGAUUUUUAAUCUCCCCGAAAUGUGGGAGGAUGAAAGUGGUUCUUGGGUUUCCGAUAUUUCAGAUUCUUGUUGCGAAGAGGCCUUCUAAAGGGACCAGGUCAGCCUCACUGAUUCUGUGAGGUUAGUUCUGAUUCUGUUUGGGCUUUGUGUUUUUUGGUGGGUCUAAUGCUAAGCAGGAGGGUCUUGAUGAGUCUUACUGAGAAUAAAAUAUGGGGGCAAGCACAGGGAAAGACCUAAGAGAUAAACACUAUUUACUGUUUUAAAAUAGUACAUAGAGUGCAAACUCAAGUUAGGUGAGGGGGGGAAAGGAUAGUAAUAUAAUACGUUUGCAUUGUAGUACAUUAAGACAGAAAAAUAUUUGAUAUAAGAAACCAGGUGAUUCCAAAGACCUCCUUGGCAUUUAAUUCAAAUUAUAUAUCAGAGUGUGUGUGUCUUAGAUCCUAACUGGACAGCACAUGCUUUUUGUUGGUUUUCAAAGUUAAUUGUACCUGUAAAUUCCCCUGUUACCAAAUGCUAUUAUGGACAUCUCUCCACCAAAGUGUCAAAGAUCAUCUCCUCAAUGCCUAACUUAUUAUUUUUUUAUUCAACCAACCGACAAAUCCCAAUGGUGUCUGGAAUCUUCAGUCAGCGCUGCUUUUUAGUAACCAUUCAACUAGCUUUUGACUUUGUCGCUUUGAAUCGGCGGAAGUGAAACCAGCUCAUUUACCAUUGACUGUGCUGACACAGAACUCUGGCCGAUUACAACACAAGUUUCGAGUUAAGGAAGACACGUCCUUACUCUUAACUUCUUGGUUGGUCAGGGCUUAUAGAAUGACGUAAAUGGUGUAGACUCUGCAACACACUGACAUCGUAAAUUGAGUUUGGUUGUUUUGUCGUUGUCAUUUUAACAGAGGUCCCUGUUUAUGCAUUUAUUGAGAUUCUCUUUAAUAUUAUUUUAAAGAUAGCCAUUUCCAUUCAUAUCACAGACACCCGUAAAGAAUUAAUUGCUUACUCUAUCUUUGUACAUAAUUGAGACCAGUGUAUGAGUUCCUGUUUCAGCCUACUUUGCAGCCAGCUUCACAAGUGGAUGUAUAUGCAGUGCUACUGUUUACCCCUAAGAGUCUGCGUUCCAGGAAGUCCUCCUUCUGGAGUUUCCUUUGACGAGGCAGGGAGCCACUUCCUCCUCUCCCUCAUUUCCUGUCAGGGGAUGAGACAUUCUGGAACACACAAUUAGAAUGGUAGGAACUGGUCUAUUCAUGGCAACAUGGCUGCCAUAACGUUUUGAUGUUUUUUUUAUUGUUAUAAGAAGCUACAUUUUGUGAAUUCUGCUUGUCAUCAUCUCAAUAUCCCUGUAACAAAAGUGAUCAAUUCUUAAUCUACCUAAAAACAUUAAAUGUAAUCGUAAUCAAAUUCAUAUUCUAUUUUCAGAUUAAGGUUCAUGUUUAUUUUUAGUGUCUUAGGAUCGGGUUCUAACAAAACGUUGAUCAGGCUAGUAACUUCCCCACAAGGGUAACAAACUCCAUGCAAAAAUGCUAGGACAUACAGACAGACAGAGAUUGCAGUAAAUAUUAUUCAUGUUAGCAUUUUCCCUAUGCAUAACAAAUCUCAAUUUCCUUUUCCCCGGGCCUCACCUUGUGGGAUGUCUUCAGUGAAUGUCCUUUGUUUCGAAUAUUUAUCAAGCUGUAAUUUAUGUCCUGUUUUAUUUUUUUUAUUACUUGUUGUGAUUGAAUAUUGUUGGUUUUUGUGCAAAUGUUCUGUUCAUUCCUGUGCAAUUAAAUAAGAAGGCACACAUUGUCCUGUGUCUGCCAUAUCACAAGAGGA